ACAGUGAGGAGAAGACAAAACCUCGCCAUCUUUAUAUUAGGCACUAGGCACAGCAGCUGAGCCAGCAGCCAUGGCGGCCGGGGCACGAGCUCUCGUGCCCUCGCCCUUCAUCGUCGUCGUCUUCCUCCUGCUCGCCGCCGCGGCGAGAGACGCUUCCGCGCUCACCCGGCAUGACUUCCCCGAGGGCUUCGUCUUCGGCGCAGGCACCUCCGCUUUCCAGGUGGAAGGGGCAGCUGCAGAGGAUGGGAGGAAGCCUAGCAUCUGGGAUACUUUCACCCAUCAAGGGUACUCGCCUGGCGGUGCCAUUGCAGAUGUCUCAGCAGAUCAAUAUCACCAUUACAAGGAGGAUGUAAAGCUUAUGUAUGACAUGGGCCUGGAUGCGUACAGAUUCUCCAUUGCUUGGCCUCGUCUUAUUCCAGAUGGAAGAGGAGAGAUCAACCCCAAGGGCUUGGAAUACUACAACAAUCUGAUAGACGAAUUGAUAAUGCACGGAAUACAACCUCAUGUCACCAUCUACCACUUUGAUCUCCCUCAGGCCCUUCAGGAUGAGUACGGUGGAAUACUCAGCCCCAGAUUCAUAGAAGAUUACACGGCUUAUGCCGAGGUUUGCUUCAAGAACUUCGGUGACAGGGUGAAGCACUGGGUGACAGUGAAUGAGCCGAACAUAGAGCCCAUCGGCGGCUACGACGCCGGCGUUCAGCCGCCGCGGCGGUGCUCCUACCCCUUCGGCACCAACUGCACCGGCGGCGACUCCUCGACGGAGCCGUACAUCGUGGCUCACCACCUGCUGCUUGCUCAUGCCUCGGCAGUGUCCAUCUACAGACAGAAGUAUCAGGCAAUUCAAGGAGGUCAGAUAGGGAUCACUCUGCUGGGCUGGUGGUAUGAGCCCUACACCGACGCGGUGGCAGAUGCAGCUGCUGCAAUCAGGAUGAAUGAAUUCCAUAUUGGAUGGUUUAUGAAUCCUCUGGUGCAUGGAGACUACCCUCCGGUAAUGAGGAGCCGCGUAGGCGCUCGGUUGCCAUCCAUAACGGCGUCCGAUUCGGAGAAAAUACGGGGAUCGUUCGACUUCAUCGGCAUCAACCAUUACUUCGUUAUCUUUGUGCAAUCCAGCGACGCAAAUCAUGACCAGAAACUAAGGGACUACUACGUUGAUGCAGGUGUUCAAGAGAAUGGUGGAGGAGGAUUCGACAAGGAGCACUAUCAGCUUCAUCCCUGGGCUCUUGGCAAGAUGCUACAUCACCUGAAGCUCAAGUAUGGCAACCCCCCAGUCAUGAUCCACGAGAAUGGCGACGCAGAUUCACCGGAGACCCCGGGCAAGAUCGACUACGACGACGACUUUAGAUCGGAUUUCUUGCAGAGCUACCUGGAAGUUCUGCACCUGUCCAUACGGAACGGAUCGAACACGCGGGGAUACUUCGUGUGGUCACUGCUCGACGGGUUCGAGUUCCUCUCCGGCUACGGCAACCGCUUUGGCCUGUGCUGCGUCGACUUCACCGCGCCGGCGAGGACGAGGUACGUCAGGAGCUCGGCACGGUGGUACUCCGACUUCCUCAACGGCGGCGAGCUCCGGCCGGUGAAACCCUUCGUCGCAUUAUGAAUCGGGAAGAUAUUAAUCCGGAGACGUAGACUAGAAGAUGAGCAACUUACUACUCUCUCCGUCCCAAAAAAGCCAAUCCUCUCCCAGUACAACGAUUCUGAAUUAUACUAGGAGGGGUCACAUUUUUAGGUUGGGUUUUUUUUUUAAAAAAAGUAUGCAGUUAAUAUUUUUUUUCUUUUUACUAUAUACGAAAGUGGAAGGUUCCAACCCUCCACGCAAUAGCCAAAAAUAAUAAAAGCGACAUCGUCUUCUAGAAGGAGGCCAGAGAAUGUGUAUGGAUGUAAAUGGAAAAAUCGGACAGAAUCACGAACAGAGGAGAUCAGAAACACCUGGAAUUCAGAAAAAAUGGUGAGAGUUGGCGACCAAUUUGAGUUGCUGUACUCCUUUGUGCCACC